AGAACUCUGGACGGCGUGGGGGUUGAGCAAUCAGACCGGGGCUUAAACCAGUGGCCAGGACGGAACUUCCUUCCUCGCCUGGACAAAAAAAAAAAACAAAAAAAAACAGAGACUCGGAGACUGUUAUAAACGGGGAUUAUGUUGAGCUUUCAGUCGCUUCGGAUCGUCCAACACAGAGGUUUAUACCACCAGCUGUUUUAACACCGACGCAAUGAUGCCUACGACAAACGCGCUGAUUGUUUGUGUGAUUUUCUUGUGCGGACUGGAGGAAGCGGUCGUCUCUCAGCACGGUCGUUGCACCGGGAAUCAAUGUUUUGCGCUUUUCCAGGAGCCCGAAAACUUUCUCGGCGCACAGAAGAGGUGCAAAGGUCUGGAUGGAAAGUUACUCACGUUCAACUCGCCAGACACCAGGACAAUCAUGACGAUUCUACCCAUCGGGCUCAGCGGCAGUUACUGGCUGGAGCUGAGCAGUACCGACAGGCCAAGAGAGGAAGCUGCUGCAGGUCUCCAAAACUGCUCCUCCAUCUCCGUGUCGAUCGAACGGAACUUCACAGUGACGUGGAAGCCGUGCCGUGAAAAUCUGGACGGAUUUUUGUGCAACUAUACAUUCACUGAGCCUUGUGGCGUUUUGAAGGCGGGCGGAGGCGCACAGGUGAAGUACACCGUCCCUAUGGGCUUCGAAGCGAAUGAUACCGAGGCGUUUCCACCAGGAACCAUCGCUGUGGCGCAAAGGACUGGCGUCAAAUAUCCCGACUCGAAGCAUUUGUGUUUCUCGAAAGGAUGGAUUCGAGCUCCCUGGAACUGCGAGGUGCUGCAAGGCGGCUGUGAGUACAGCUGCAACUCCACCUGUCACUGUCCCGCGAGGCAAACUCUCCAUCCCAACAAUAUCACCUGCUCCAAAGACCCGUGCGCCGAGUGCGCGCAGGAGUGCCAACGGGAGGGCGACAUCUAUGUGUGCAAGUGCAACAGAGGCUACCGGCUGGCGCAGGACGGGAGGAGUUGCGUGGACGUGAAUGAGUGUGAAGAGGACAACCCGUGCACAGGUGAGGGUGAAGAAUGCAAGAACACUCAGGGAGACUUCGAGUGCGGAUGCGAAGAUGGCUUCGAAGCAGAGGAUGGAGUGUGUGUGAACAUUGCAAUCUGCGAAAGCUGUGAGCACAUGCUGUGUGACAAAUUCAAUGGAGUUUAUAAGUGUAUGUGCCGAGAGGGGUUUAAGGUGUCAGACAAAGAUCCCACCAAGUGUGAGCUUGACUGUAGAGAGAGAGACUGCAAAGCCAUCUGCAUACCAAACCGUGACAAUGACAAGAAGGACAUGGAUCAGUGUUAUUGCCCUGAAGGUUACAUUAUAGACAUGACCAACAGCACAGCCAUUUGCAUUGACAUAAAUGAAUGUGAGCUUGAGAAGCAGUGUGACCACGAGUGUGAAAAUUCUUUCGGUGGUUACAGAUGUUUGUGCAAUAAGGGCUUCAAGCUGCACAAAGGGUACAAGUGUGUACCCACUGAAGAGGAGGAGGAGGAGGAGGAGGAGGAUGGAUCGGGCUCAACUCCUCCAUACCCCACAACAGUCAGCACUCACCCAGCUGCAGUGCCCCCAUACAUCAAGACAGGCAGCGUCCUGGGCAUCACCAUGUUCACAGUGCUGUGUGUCGCACUGCUGUUUUUCGUGGUCCGAAACGUGGCCAAACGUUGCAGAACAUUUGAGUUUUCCUCUCUCAAACAUCAGAAUAUCGACAUUUUCUAUCUGCAGCAGGUGACUACGGAGACGUAUAAGAGGCUGUCCUUCGACAAACCGAGUAAAAAUGACUCACAAAUACUUUAAUCGCAGCCAUGGGGAAGCUUUUGACUUCUUUCUCGUGUCUCAUCUCCUAUGAGAUGUCAGAUACAUAAUACGGAACCUUUCCAGUUAUCCAUGGGCAAUUUUAACAAGAAAAUGUGCAUCUUUUAAAGCUAGGAUGAGUCACAUAAUCACAUAAAAAGAAGAUAUGAAACUUUAAAGCUUAAUGCCGUCUGAAUGUAUAAUAGAUUUCAAUAUGGAAUUAGUCUUUAUUUGACUAUCAACCUUGUUUCAGGAAUAGAAAAACUUUGGUUUUCCUUCUCAAUUAGGCCUUCUCAAUUUUUAGUUACAUAUAACAAACAAGAUGAAAAAAGUCUAAAAGUAAUGGUACUGAAUCGUUAAUAUGGUCGUUUUCUCCUAAUUUUAGUGAAUUCUCCUCAAAAGAAUUACAGAUCUAGAAAUGUAGACCUUUUUUUUUGUCAGUGUCGGAUGAAUGACAAAAUUCUCUCAGGAGAGAAUCAGUUCUAUGUUCGAUUUCACUUUGUUGUCUAAUUCCUUUGUAAUCACACUCUGCUACUGCACUGUCAUUAUCUUCUUGAACACACACACACACACAAAAGUGACUCUGCCAAUACUCCUUAUUUACAGCUAGUAUACAGCCAGUAAUAUAACAUUCCUGGUAUUGGUAGGAAUACACACUGUGUUUGUGAACUACUUCAGAUAAAACUCGGUGGGUUUUGUCAUUUGGUGAAAUAACCCUUUAAACUUAAUGUUCUGAACAAUGAUUGUGUUUGUGUUCCAUCAGCACAGGGAGUCGCUUUGACUGAUUUCUUCUCAUGAAAUCUAUGAUAUGGUUUUGGCUUUUGUUUUAUGAUAUUUGAGACAGAUGCACAGUACAUAUAGCUUUGAAGUGGACCGCUGUUUGUUGUGGGAUGUAACAGUUGCCAUAGAAACUGUUUCUGACACCUAUUAAGUCAUGUCAGUGCGUAAUCAGGCUUUACAGACCAUUUUCACAAGAGUGUAUCUUUCCAAAAUGACAAACUCACAUUCUGAAUGUCCCGUGUUUAUUCAUAAAGAUACUGGUAUUUCUGGGUGCAUCAUUUUGAAAACAAAAAUCCGAAUUCUGUUCCAUGUGAGCACUGAAUAACGACUGCAGGGCUUGAUUUGAAAACUCAGUUCAUUGCAAGACAUUAAACUGUAUGCACUGCAAAUAGCAUAACAAAACAGUUCCACUCCAGCUGGCUUACGUGCCUCUGAGCCUUAGAAAUGUAAUAGAAUAUGUUACCUUACUCACUGACGUGCAGUGCUAACACUGACAUUUUAACUAGGUUGAAUGUUCUCAACUUUACUGUAUAGCGGACUGCUCGUGGUGGUGUCAGACGCUGUGCUACGGGCUUCGAGAGAUUAACUUAACAUGAAUGUAAAACAGUGCUGCUAUGGUCUGUGUAUAUGAAAACACACUGGCACCUCAUUCUGAUACACCCAGCCUCCACAUGUCUGUAUAACAGGCUUAUUGCAGGCUUUCACUUGUUACAGUGUAGGCUUUUUUUUUUGGGGGGGGGGGUAAAUAGGUUACUAGCAAGUAAUAAAUUGGAAAAAAAAAACAAAAAAAACAGAGGUUGUAGACAAGUUGAAUUGUGCAUUUUGUUUUCUGUUUUCACAUCACUUAUUAGUCUCUGGAGUGUGUC